AUGAGUCCUCCUGUUUCUGAAUUAGUUAAACUUCUCUUAGAAAAAUCUAAGAGCUUAAACAAAAGGGGAAUGAUGGUUUCACACCCACCUAUACCAACAGAUUUCAAAGCAGGUGACAAAGAAUUCAAAGAUAUAUGCAUAAUGCAUAGAAUCAUGGACUCAAUUAUCCAACUUUCUCAACCAUUGUUCUGCUAUGAAAAUACCAAACUUAAAAUUAUCUGGGCUGAAGAAGUUUCAGAUGCUUCUAAAUGA